AUGGAGGAUGAAUCUCUAAUUGCUGCUGAAAUCAUAGAUCCGCAGACUCCAGAUCCAUCUGCUCUCGAAGACACUGACAUCGCCGAGAACAAGAAGAAGCUUUCCUCCUACACAGUCGUCUGCGUCUCGAUCUUAAUCGCAUACCUAAUCAACUACUUCCUCGGCAAACGCGCCAACGAGACCCUCGCUCUCUCCUGGGCCUCCAAGUUCGCUCUCAAGGACGUAAUCUUCGAGAAGAACUUCAGCUUGCUCGGCGUCGGCGAAGGAGAAGACUCUCCCUUGCUGCUCAAAGAAGCGACGAACGUGUUCAAGUUCUACGCGAGCGGGCGCAGGUACUGCCACGGGCUUCUGGCGACGUUGGAGUUGAAGAGCAGGCACAAUCUAAUCUCCAGGCUGUUUAAUUGCGCCGUGCCUUGUAAAGAUGAGAUUAGUUUCGAGGUUUAUAUGAAUGAUGAAGGUAUGGAUCAUGUGGUGUUUGCGUUGGCGAGGAAGAAGGCGGCAAAAGGGAUGUUAAAGGAGAUGAGGGAUCUGCAGAGGUUUGGUGCGAUGGUGGGUGCUCCUGGCGGGAGGAAGUGGGUGGCCGAGGAGUUGGCUGUGGUUUCUGAGUCUAAGGAGGUGGCUGGGGAUAUGAUCACUGAUGUUGUUCUUGAUCAGCAGCCUGCAAGGCAAUGGAAGGUGUAGAAGUAAUUAAUGGCUUUGGGUGCAAUAUGUCUUGCUCUUCCUACAAGAUUUUGUAUGGAGGAUUUCUUCCACAGGAAGAAGAAGAAGAGCGAGAACUGGUUAUUGUCUAGCUCUCAAGGUGUUUCUUGUUCUUGCAAGUCGAUGGUAUGGAUGCAUUUACUGUCAAACAAGCUUGCAAAUUUGCUAGGGAAUAUGCCUUAAAGAAUGGACCGAUAGUAAGGAAUGAUGAACCAGAGAAACUUAAAGAGGAUCAUUGUUUGCGUACAGAGCAGGGUGAUUGUAAUCAGAAAGAAACCACUUCCCUUUGCCGCAACAAUCAAGCAUGUAAUGAUGAUACUUUUGUGUCCCCCUCUGGGAAUUGUAGAGGUGGUUCAAAUCUCAUCCCACUUGCUACAGAGGCUCAAGCUGCUGCUCCUGGUUUGUUGAUAAAGUGGCAAACAUGAGAUCCUUUAGCAGCAACUCUAUGAUGGGUUUGUUCUCUAUGUGUUUGUUGAUCAUGUUUUUCUACAAUUUUUGGGAUUA